AGGAAAAAACUCACUGAAAUUUUAGUGCAACCCCAUUAAUCUCCCCCUUCUUCACCUCACCGUUUUUCCCUUCUUCAAACCCUCAAAUCUCUCUCCUUCUUUCUCUCUCCUUCUUUCUCUCUCUAAAAUCUCUAAAUUAUUGAUCUUAAUUUAGGGUUUUAAUCUUCAUUCUUUCUGUUUAGUGUACUUGUAUAUUCAUUACUACCCACAUACCCAUUUGUCCUGAAGCUGGAAUUUUUUUUGUUUUAAUCUUCAUUCCAUUUAUUGCAGGAUUACUAUGUUGCAAUAAGAAGUGCCUGGGAGGAUUUAGCGUCAUUCCACCGUUAUGUCUUCUUGAUACUGGCAUACUGCUGCAGAUUUUGUACAUAAUUCUGCUGUUUCAAAAUUCUUCCUGUGGGUUAGAUUGUUAUGAGACGCCCCCUUUUGCCAUAAUUUUAUACAGAAUGGCACACAUGAGUUUGUAUCCCGGUAAUUGUGAAAUUGUUGAAUUAGAGGAGGAGUUAAACCCAGGAGAGCAUUAUAGAGGUAAAAAGUAUGUGAAACCUGAAUUGAAACGAGAGGAGAAGGAACGAAGAUCUCUAGCCUCAAAUGCUGGGAACACAAGCUCUUUAGAGGAAGAUCUCAAUCAGCUCUUUGAGAUGUUUAAUAGCAGAACUCCACCUCAUGGGUCUUCUCGUACAAGCCAAGCCGGUACAUCACGUAAAAAUGCUUCAAAAAAGCCUGUCAAAGCAGUUGGGUCUUCUUCACCUGGAUAUGGAAUCUCUGAACGUGUUAAUCUAAAGCAGGCACUUAGGGGAUUGUGCCUUUCUCAGGCAUCAGAAAUGGCGGCCAUGAAACGCUUAUCUAAAUCCGGUUCAUCAGAAGCUGGGAGGAUAUCGACUAUGUACCAGAAUGUUGUAGUUGAAGACAGGGCGUCCAAUCAUUCCCAAGAUGAUGAUCGAGGGGGCAUGCUCGAGAUAUCGCUUGUUCCUGAGGAAACAAGUUUUGACACUUUCAGAAACAUUCCUGGAAAAUUGCCAGAACCGGAUUUCUGGCCCUCAAACCGAAGUUCUCUUGCUGACAAAGGGGCUGGAUAUACCUCAACGUCGAAUGAAAGAUUUGAGUCAAGAUACUCUGGCAAUCGAGUAUUAGACCCUGAGAAACCUGCAUCUGUAUUAACUGCAUCUUCUCCACCUGUUGAUGACAGCAUUCCUGACAUGGGUCAUAGUAAGCUGACUCGGAAAGGAAUUAUCACUCCAACUGAAAUGAACAAUCAAGCAUCAGGUAUUGCCAAGUUGCAGCAGAAGCACAUGGUUUUACCAGCUUCGUCCUCUCCAACUUCUAAUCGUAGCAUGCGAGAUGUUGCUAAAGGGAAGAUGGCAGAGAAUGGAGAAUAUUGCAGUACUGGUCAUUUUGCAGGUCAAAUGCCUUCAACAUCAUUGCCGAAAGAUAAGCAUGCAUCUCCAAAUUCUCAAUCUAGUCCUAGAUAUGAAAAGAAUUCUCUGGAACUUGUCUGGAAAAUUCCAGCACAUAAGGAGAUAUUUGCAGCAUCAACUAGUGCAGGGAAUCAAAUGUCAAAUUUUGAUAUGGGGCACAAGGAAGAGAAUGCACAUAUUUCACAUCGUUUUGAUCUCAUUGACAAAGCCCAGGAGCAUAGCAAGAGCUGCACGACAGAAAGUGGGAAAUUCUCUGCCUCAGCUAAGCUUGUGAGUCAAACCCGGUUGACGGAGUCCUUGCAGAAUGAGAAGAAUACACCUCUUCAAUCUUCUUCAUAUCCUAGUGCUGAAAAUGCCUCCUCGGAAUUUAGUAGGAAAAUGGCAGACGAAAAGGAACAAACUCCUGUGUCAACUGGAGCUCGGAAUGUGAAGGUACAUGUGAUGCAUGAGGAUGAGCGUGUACCUACAUGUUCUUCAAGUCUUCCUGAUCUUGGUGAUAAAGCUUUUGGUGACAGCAACAGUAGUUUGGCCUCUAAUAAGUUGGUCAGCAAAGAAUCUGCUGGAAAAUCAGCAAAAUUAGAAACAAAAGACUUAGGCUUGAGAGCUGGUAAGAAGAUCAGUUCAAAAACUGUAUCGUCAACUGGCUCCCCGAAAGGGAAAAAAGCAAGCAAGUCAACCAGAAAUGCGCAGCAUUUGGUCAAACCUCUUAUCAAGACUAAGAAUUUUGUUAAGAGGAAAUCCAAGAAGAAGUGCUCAGAUAAUAGCUCGAAAAAUGUCCGAAGUGAAUUUAUUAAUGACUUGUAUUCAGGGCCAAAUCCAAUAGUGUGUCCGAGAUGCCAGUGUGUUGUUACGGAUGCCUGGAAAGAAGCCAGUCAAGAGUCUUCAGUUUCUCGUCAGGAGUCUCUGGUAUCACAACAAGUAUCUCCACAAUCCCAUCAAGAAUCUCUUGUAUCCCAUCACAAGUCUCCUGUGCCCUUUCAAGAUUCGCCAAUAUCUCCAUUUGCUAGCCUUAGUGCUGAAGUCAGCUCAAGCAAUGUCAUUUCAGAUAAUAGCACACUCGGACUAAGUUAUGAGAGCUCAAACAAAUCCAAGACAGCUGUUGCUGAAUCUAGUAGCAACACAAAGUCAAAAUACAAGGGGGAAUUCACGCAGAGUUCAAAAGGUAGCCCUGGUGAAUGUAGCAGUAGCACAAGUGUUAGUGAAGAAAGCAAUCUAAGCAGGCCCAGCUUUUGUGAUCGGCCACACAUGUCUAAGGAUGUAAGGUGGGAAGCGAUUCGUCAUGUAAAGUUUCAGCAUGGAAAUCUAGGAUUGAGACAAUUCAAUCUUCUGAAGAAGCUUGGCUGCGGAGAUAUUGGAACCGUUUACCUUGCUGAACUCAUUGGUACAAACUGUCUCUUUGCUAUAAAGGUCAUGGACAAUGAAUUCUUGGCUAGAAGGAAAAAGAUAGCAAGGGCACAAACAGAGAAGGAGAUACUAAGAAUGCUCGAUCAUCCUUUCCUCCCUACUUUAUACAGCCAAUUUACAUCAGAUAAUUUGUCGUGUUUAGUUAUGGAAUAUUGUCCGGGGGGUGAUCUACAUGUUCUCCGGCAGAGACAACCUGGCAGGUGCUUUACAGAACAAGCAGCGAGAUUCUAUCUUGCCGAAGUCCUCCUUGCCUUAGAGUACCUUCACAUGCUUGGAGUUGUCUAUCGAGAUUUGAAGCCCGAAAACAUUCUAGUCCGAGAAGAUGGGCAUAUCAUGCUCUCCGACUUCGACCUCUCACUCCGAUGCGCUGUGAGUCCAACUCUUCUUGUCUCAUCGUCGAUGUCAGCCACCUCAAGAAAGGUCUCCCGUCCAUGUGUAGAUACACGUUGUGUGCAGCCUUUCUGCAUUGAACCUUCCUUUCAAGUAACAUGCUUUACUCCUAGGCUUUUAGCCUCUUCCACCAAACCCUCCAAAUUGAAAAAGGUGAAAUCUGAUGUUGCUGCCGAGAUGAGACCACUGCUGCAGCUAGUAGCAGAGCCCACCACAGCACGCUCCAACUCAUUUGUAGGUACCCACGAAUAUUUGGCCCCAGAAAUCAUUAAAGGAGAGGGGCACGGAAGCGCUGUUGAUUGGUGGACGUUCGGUAUUUUCCUAUAUGAACUACUUUAUGGUAGAACACCGUUUAAGGGAGCUGGGAAUGAAGAAACUCUGGCUAAUGUAGUCCUUCAGAGCUUGAAAUUCCCGGAUAGCCCUCUAGUUAGCCUUCAAGCUAGGGAUCUAAUAUCUGCCCUUUUGGUUAAAGAACCAGAGACUCGUUUAGGGACUGAAAGAGGCGCUGCUGAGAUAAAGCAGCACCCAUUCUUUGACGGGCUGAACUGGGCAUUGAUUCGAUGCGCUGUUCCCCCUGAGCUUCCUGAUUAUCGGACCUAUGGGAUGCCAAAAGCGUCAUCUCUUGAAAAGAACAACAAAUAUGUGGACUAUAGCUCUGGUUCCGGUUCCGGUUCUGUAGAACAUUUAGAGUUUGAGGUCUUUUAGCGAAUCCUUUCCACAUAAUAUUUGUAUUUAAGUAGAGCCCUUAUAAUGUAAAUUUUUGUUAUAUGGUACAGUUCAUUUUUACAGUGAGACAUUGGGAAGAGGUGGAUCUGAUGUUGUUACAAAUCUGAUAUAAUUGCUUAAAGGUUAUAAUAAAAUUUUGUUAAGCAGGCGAGUACUCAACGCCUUGUUUUUGAGGCCA